AUGUCGCCUAGGACGAGGACUGCGACGCAGCGGAGUGCUGCUUUCUCCCUUUGCUGGAAUGAUCUCCGGAAGAAUCCGGGCUCCUCUGUGUUCGACCUUCCAGUGCAUCAGACUGAUACACCGCCACUGGAGAUACGGCCACGUGGAUUUCCUGCUCCUCCUGAUACUGCUCUGUCGUCGCCAAACACAAUAAUCGCACCAAGUACAUUAAAGCACGAAACUUCAUGCACUCCGUCCUUUCUAGUCAUUUCAGGUGGCACUGGAGGUAACUCAAUCUGCUCUGUAUUUGGAGAUGCGUGCUACGUUCUUCCUGUAUCGGAUGACGGUGGUUCGUCGAGUGAGAUUAUCCGCGUUCUCGGUGGUCCGUCCAUUGGUGAUCUGAGGUCUCGGCUGGUCCGACUUAUACCUUCUUCGCUGGAAGGCUCUCCUUUAGAUCGUAUACGCAACCUUUUGGCAUAUCGCCUUCCCGCUCAAGUGAGUGAACGUGAGGCUCGUGACGAAUGGCGCGACAUCGUUGAGGGACGGAGUUCCCUAUGGGCUGGUAUACCGCCCGACAGGAAAGAAGUCAUACGAGGAUUUUUGGUCUAUUUUGAGAGUGAGGUCUUGCGCCGGGCUCAGAAGAACUUUUCGUUCAGGAACGGCAGUGUCGGCAACUAUUUUCUUGCCGCGGCUCGAAUCUUCUUCCGUUCCUUGCCUUCUGCUGUGUUCUUGUUCUCCUCAAUUACCAACAGUCAGGCAAAUAUUUUACCCGUUCUGGUAACCAAUCAUACAGUUACCAUCGCAGUUGAGCUGGAAAAUGGCCGAUGCAUUGUUGGCCAGUGCAAUAUUUCGCAUCCAGCGCAGGAAGACAAUUCAUUCUUUUCGCUCACUCCUUCGCCCAUUGAAGAUCUGGGAGAGGUAGAGCUCGGGUCCAAUUCUAUUCCGCAACGAAGCCAUACUCCGAACCUCGUCUUUUCGAAGGAGAGCGAAGGACAUGAAGCUCAUCUGGAGUCUCGAAUUCAGCGCUUGUACUACAUCAACGCGUACGGUCACGAGAUACAUCCCUCUCCCAACCCGGAUUUCCUUGCGCAGUGUGCGACGAAAGACCUCCUUGUCUAUUCCUGUGGAUCACUCUGGACAAGCAUUAUUCCGUGCCUGGCUUUGAAAGGCGUCGCUUCCGCCAUUGCGCGAUCUCGGGGUAUCAAAGCGAAGAUCCUCCUACUGAACUCGAGAAAUGAUCGUGAGACGACUGGGUACACGGCGGUAGAAUACGUCAAAGCGAUCUGCCGGACUUUGAAUACGCACUAUGCAUCCCAAGGCACGUACACGUCGUACCCCAUCUCGGCAUUCGUCACGCACCUUGUGCAUCUGAAAGGCGGAUUGGUACCUCUUGACGUGGGAGAACUUACGUCUCUAGGUGUACGAUGCAUCCAAGUGGAGUCGACACUUGGCGCAGCUGACAAGGAAGGCGUCCCAGUGUAUGAUGCGGACUGCGUGAAAACAGCUUUACGGCUCAUCAUGACCGAGUGGGAGGCUGAUGCAGGGAGAGAAAUUUGUUGUGACUGAGGAAAACCGUGAGUAGACAUACAGGAGCAUGCAGGGCGCUUAAUGGACUAGCCAUGGACACAUGAUUAUC